GAGAUUAGGUGUGGAUCUCAACUGGGUUGUUCUUUCCAUGGGAAAGACUCUGGAUAAGGGGUUUGACCAUGAGUACCCAGCCACACACUGUGACCAAGGCAGAGAUCCCUGGCCAUGUUCUUUACACCGUAGGAACGUGUGUGCUUAUCAUUGGCUCCAUUGGCAUCAUUGGAAACCUCCUAGUCCUCUACGCAUUUUACAGCAACAAGAAGCUGAGGACUCCCCAAAACUACUUUAUAAUGAAUUUAGCUGUGAGCGACUUCCUGAUGUCGGCUUCUCAGGCACCCAUGUGCUUUGUCAACAGCUUGCACAGAGAAUGGAUACUUGGAGACAUAGGCUGUAACCUGUAUGCUUUCUGCGGGGCUCUCUUUGGGAUAACCUCGAUGAUGACUCUGCUGGCCAUCUCUGUUGACCGCUACCUGGUGAUCACAAAGCCCCUGCAGUCCAUCCAGUGGACUUCCAAGAGACGCACCAUGCAGAUCAUCGCCCUGGUGUGGCUCUAUUCGCUGGGAUGGAGCGUGGCUCCGCUCCUCGGCUGGAGUUCUUAUGUGCCCGAGGGCUUGAUGAUAUCCUGCACAUGGGACUAUGUAACCUACUCCCCUGCAAAUAGAAGCUACACCAUGAUUUUAUGCUGCUGUGUGUUUUUUAUCCCCCUGGUAAUAAUAUUCCACUGCUAUUUAUCGAUGUUCCUGGCCAUAAGGCGUACUGGCAGAGAUGUUGAAAAGCUGGGGUCCUGCAGCCGGAAAUCCUACCUCUCUCAGUCCAUAAAGAAUGAGUGGAAGCUGGCAAAAAUUGCUUUUGUGGUCAUCAUUGUGUUUGUCUUGUCCUGGUCUCCAUAUGCUUGUGUCACCUUAAUUGCCUGGGCAGGUCGAGGCAACAGCCUAACACCAUAUUCCAAAUCUGUGCCAGCAGUUAUUGCCAAAGCUUCUGCAAUCUACAACCCCAUCAUUUAUGCAAUAAUUCACCCAAGAUACAGGAAAACCAUCCACAAAGCUGUUCCCUGCUUGAGGUUCCUUAUACGAAUAUCAAAGAAUGACCUCCUGAGGGGACCCAUAAAUGAGUCAUCCUUCAGGACCUCUCUCUGCAGCCACCACUCUCUUGCUGGCAGGACCAAGAGCACUUGUGUUUCCUCUGUUUCUGCUGGAGAAACUACCUGGAGCAACGUAGAGCUCGACCCUGUGGAGCCAGCUCAAGAGAAACUGAAGCCUCGCCGAAGUCAUUCUUUCUCCACAAGUGUGAGACAAGAAAAGAGAGACCUGCUCCCAAAGACCUGCUGCUGUGAUGCAUCCACUACCCAAAAGGUUUCGCUCUCCUCCAGUUCUUUGGAGAAGGUGCUUGGGCAGCCUGUCCUACCCAGUUCCUCUGCAGCACUUAUGACCAGCUCCUUGAGAGCAACUUCUCUGCCUGUCAGAUUGAAUAGCAGCAGUGUCACCAGUGGAGACUCAAGUACUUCCCAUAUGGCAACUCAAGGAAGUCAAGUGAAUGGAGUUGUGGACUCUCUCACUAGCAAUGCAGUCCCUCGCAUCAUCAUCAUUCCUACCUCAGAGACCAAUCUGUUUCAGGAAGAACUGGAAGAGGAAGAGACUGAUUUAUUCCACUUUCAUGACAAAAAGGGCAAUCUGCUGGACUUGGAAGGGCUUAGCUCAUCUAUGGAGUUCCUUGAAGCUGUUGAGAAGUUUCUAUCCUAA